UAUCGUAAGACUUACAGUGUUGUUCAGAAUAAAAAAAUGUCAUACAUCAUUAUGCAAAAAGUGUCCGUUUUUUUUAUAGCUGUUAUUAUCAUGGAAACAUCUUUGGUCACACAAGGUCUGCCAAAACGAUCGAAAACUCCUGUUGGUGAAUCCAGUAUUUCAGGGUUGCCUGCAGAAAAACCUCCCCAAAAAAAACAAAAACGUUCACCAAAAAUUGAUGUACCUGCGUUAAGUACAGAUAAAAACAUAAGAGGAAAUCAGGCCGAACUACCAGUUAAUAAUAAAACUUCUGGAAAAACUUCUUCGGAACAUGAAAUGCUAAAACAAUUGUCCAAUGAACAAAAAGCAAAAAGUAACUCGAAAGCCAACAUUUUGAAUGAAAUUUCACAUAUUGGGCCACAACUCUUUCAACGUUAUUCAAUGGAAAUGGCGGCGGGUAAAAAUUUAAGCGGAAAUCAGACUAAACUAUCAGCUACUCCCGUUGGUAAAUCCAGUAUUUCAAGGUUGUUUGCAGGAAAACCAUGCAAAAAAAGACAAGACCUUUCACAAUUAAUUUAUAUACCUGCAUUAAGUAAAGCUGAAAAAAAAAGAGGAAACCGGGCAAAUCUAUCAGCUAAUAUUAAAACAUUAAUUUUUAAAUAUUGAAUACAUUUAUCCCUUGCCGUAAAAUUAAUAGAAAAAUAUGUACAUUUUUAGGGUCGGUAGAAUUUUUUGCUUAAUUAAGUACUUUUUGAGUAUGAUUUUUAAUCAAUAGAUUUUCUAAAUGAAAAAAUCGGUGGUUUUAAAAGCUAUCGUGAGUACAUACACAAAAAAAUUAUUAUUCUAAAAUAAGUUUUUAAAAUAUUUUGGGUCAUAAUAUUUAUAUAAUUGUUUUGUUCAUUGUUCUAAAUUGGUUUAAUUACGUUUUCUCAAUAAAAUUAUA